UCUCUCUCUGCCUCUAAGUUUUUUAGCCUCUGAAAAUUUCCCUAUUCCGGAAACCCUAAAUAUGGAACCUACAAAUACACCGGUGAUAGCCAAGAAACUAAGAAACAUGGUACGUCUAGUUUUGUUCACGUUACAAAAGGGGGUCUCCAAGAAAAAGCUGACGAUGAUGAAACAUGGGAAGAUCUUAGGCAAGUCUUUCAAUGAUUUCAUGGUCCGUCAUCAGACUGAGCUCAGCUGCAAGUCGGACGACGUACAAGUAACAUCGUUCGUAUACCCAUUAGAGUACGAGUUCAGCUGCACCAGCAGCCCGCCGCGCAGGUCAUCCUACACUCCUCCAUGUCAAUCCGGCAAGGUGUACAAGGGGCGGUAUGUUAGGCAGCAUUCGCGGAGGGGAGUUUAUGUGCCAAUGAUGUGUGAGGAUGCAUUGGCGACAGUCCAUGGGGGGAAGAAAGCGAGUUAUCGCGGCAGUGAUGUGGUGGAGCCGCUGCCAAUUGUGAGGCGGGCGCUGGUGAGGGUAACGGAGUGGGAGCCUUUGUUACCGUUGAGUAGUGAUGAGGAGGAGGAUUACCAUGUGGACAAGGCAGCCCAGGAAUUUAUAGACAAGUUUUAUAGGGAGUUAAUGUUGCAAAAGUGGAUGGCUGCAGGUCGAUACAGCUGAAGUAGGCUCACAAGGUAAAGAUAUGGAGAGAGACUUACAUGUAAUUGGUACCCUGAUGAUCAAAGUUCUCGAGAGGAUUUUCAGUAUGUCUGACAUCACACGCUAGGUUUAAUUGUGCAAUUCAUCGUGUUGAUCUUAACUGUUUUAUUAGAUUUGACGUAUUAUGUUAGGCAUACUGAAGAUCGAAUCUCAUCUUUAGUAGUUGGAGAGUGUAUUAAUUUAGUGAAGUAAUUAGAACUCAUGCUUUCCUUAUUGCAUGUACAGUUAAGACUUGGAGAACGGUUAGAACCCUUGCAUGUAUUAUGAAAUGCAGAAAAUCCUUCAGAGUUUAAAGGAUGUAAUUUCUAGUUUACCUUUUUGUAAGAACU